AACGGGGUCAAACACAUAGCCUCCCUCUCCCGCUCCGCAAAUCCACCCCAAAGCCCUGAACUUUUCUCUUUGUCCAUGAACCCUAAAAAAUCAGAGAAUUAGAGAAGUUUCCGUUCAGACGAAAACAAGCAGCUUUGCCCAAAAUUCACAGUCGUCUCGGGAUUUUCAAACUCUCCUUGGCCGUUGAUUUUUACCAGUUGAAGUAUCACCGGUGGAUUCAGCUUCUUCGUUGUUCAACGGGUCUGCGCAGUGUAUUGGUAAUUGUUGAGGACGAAGUGAUUAACCUUUUGGGGAUUGUAUAUUGGUAGUGGUUAUUCUCUGCAAUGUCUUGGUGGUGAUGUUCAUUUUAUAUGUGUGAAGAACCGAAGAAGUUAUGGAGAGUUUAGAAGUCAUGAGUAACGGUGUUGAAUCAUGCAAUGGAGAUUCUGUUCAGCUUAGCAAUGAUGUGAAAGAAAAUGAUAAUCGGGAUCUUGACCUUCUCCAGGAUUUGGAUUCUUAUUGGGAAGAAAUCAGUGACCGGUUGACCAUAUCGAGGAUGGUGAGUGACUCAGUCAUCAAGGGGAUUGUUAAUGCAGUAACCAACGACGCAGCAGAGAAAAUUGCUCAAAAAGAACUAGAGGUGACUAAGCUGAAGGAAAUGUUACAUGUUUACCAUGUGGGUGGUGAUGAAAACGAAUUCUCACCCAUGCAGCGAGAGUCAAAAGGAACUGAAGACAAACCUAAAAAAGGUGCCAAAGGUGGCAUGCGUCCUAGCUUUCUUGAAGCUGUCGUACAGCAUGAUGGCAUUGAAAAAACUUUGGGCAUCUUAAGAGGAACAACUGAAGAGCACUUCAGGAAGCUCAAGAAUGAAAUUGAUGGGAUUAGAGGGUGUAGUUUGAUCAAGAGGAUUGGUUCUGGUUCUCAGUUGUUGGGUUUCGGUGACAUACUGCAAGAUAAUGUAUCUGACAGAUGGAUUGAUGUGGAUAGAUUGCUCGAUAGCCUAAAAGGUACAAUAGAAACUGUCUUUCAACGGGUGGAAGGAAUGGUUAGCUCGGCAAAGGCAUCAGUCUGUGAAUGGCAGCAGGAGCAGGAUUUUAAAGCAGAAAUAGAAGCACUGGUGAUGAGGAAUUGUAUCUGGAGUGUUGAAGAAAAAAAUUUGGAUCGGUUUCAUGGCGAUAGGAAUUUGCACUGGCUUGGAAGGAUGGAAGAGAUAUCAAGUUUACGUGAGGAAUUAGAUUCCAUUUCAAAAUCACUAUCUAUUUCUGACAUUGGGCACCUAUCUUCUCACGGGUCCUUGGAAGGUGAUGAAGAGAGUAAUAAUUAUAAGAAGGGUGACCGUUUGCAUCGCAAAGUUUCAUCAUCAUUGCUAUCAUCAUCAACAGUAACUUCAACUUCAACAUCAACAUCAACAUCAUCAUCAUCAUCAUCUCUUUGGGAAGAAAAUGGAAAACAUGAUGAGUCAGAAAUAAUGCAAGAACAUUUGAAUGCCACCCGGCUUAGGCAUAUGUCAAUAGAUGAGUUGACAAACUAUUACAAUAAUGAGAUGAUUAAAUUGAAGAGAAGUCAUGAAUCUGAAGUGCUAAAUUUGACUGAGCAACUAUUCAGCCUCAGAAGAGAAUUUUUCAGGGAAAGGGGAUCCUCUUUGCCAUCAAAGAAGAGUAAGGAGUUUGACUUGUUGAGGAGGCGAAUCUCUGAGGUUAUUACUAAAUUAGAUGAAGUGCUUGUUGACAAGGCGGGCAUGGCUACAUUUGGUAUUUAUGAAGAAAGUCUUAGCAGUUUGAAAGACAGACUGGAGUUACUCAUUUCAGAAAAUAAGCACCUCAGAUAUUUGCUUGCAGAUAAGAAAAGGGAAGUUAAGUGUCUUUCACUUCAAGUUUCUGAGGCUGCUAAGAAAAUGUCAGAACAUUCCAUGGCUGAGGCAAAGUUGUUAAAAACAACGGCUAAUCUUAAAUCAGCUGUUAAAGAUGCGGAUAUUGAAGCUUUAAUUGUUGAAGAUACAUAUGCUUGUAUUCUCAGGGGAAUGAUGGAUCAAAUUAAUUGUAUCGCUGAAGAGUCACAUAUGGAAAAUAUUUAUAUGCAAGAAAUCUACAAAAGUAUACUUAAAGAAGCUGCCCAUAGUGCUCAACCUGCUAGCCAAUGUGAAAUUGAAGAUUUGAGUAUGGAGUACACUAUCAGGCAAGAAAUAUGUGUACUUGUAUUCAAAGAAGUCAUGAAAGAUGCUGAGAAAAAUCUCAACAACCUGAACUUGAAAUAUAUAGAAGAAAAUGAACUCCGGGUUUUGAUUGAGAUAGAAAAACUAGAAAAAGAGAAACAAUGUGAAGUGGAGGUUGCAAACACAGUGAGAUUAAAGCAAGAAAUAUUAUCUCUGUCCGAAGAAAAGGAGCAGUUGGCGCAGGAUGCAACAGCUGCAUUGGAAAACGAAAAGGUGCGAUAUGAAUUAGCUGCUCAGGAGCUACAUAAUUUAAGGGACGAGACAUGUCGGCAACAGAAAUUGAUUUCUGACAGCAUUGAAGAGUCAAAUGCUACAAAGCAGAACUUAACUGAUGCAUUGGAGCAAAUUGAAAGACAUAAGGCUGACAUGUGCAUGUUAGAUCAGAAGCUUGAACUAGCAAUGAAGGAGUUAAGCGAAGUUAAUGAGGAGAGGAGAAUGCUUCUUGAUGCAAACCAAGAGAAGCAGAAUGUUUUAUCUUUGUUGGAAGCAAAAGAAAGGGAACACAAGCAGCAAUUGGAAUCAACGGCUGUGUAUAUCCGUGAAUUAUUGAAAGGGGUUGCUGAAUUUGAAUGUCGAGUAACACAAGAUAUUUCAAGGAAAUGUUCAAGGUUGAAGAGUUUGAGUUCUCAAUUGCGUUUUCUUAAACAAAAAGCUAAUGUCAUUGUAAGAAGAGGUUUGCUGUACCGGCAGAGACUCGAAAAGAAAUGCUCUGACCUUGAAACGGCAGAAGCUGAGGUUGAUCUUUUGGGGGAUGAGGUGGGGACUCUGUUGAGCCUUGUUGAGAAAAUAUACAUUGCUCUUGAUCAUUAUUCACCAGUAUUGAAGCAUUAUCCUGGAAUAACUGAAAUCUUGAAGCUGAUAAGAAGAGAAUUAACUGGAGAAAUUAAAGCAGCUUGAUAUACCCUUUUGCCUUGUGUCAGCAGAGUAGUUGUAGGCAAUUCAUCGCCUUUGUCAAAACAACCAUCCAAGAAAAAGUUAGAGGAGCCUGGAGAUAUAAAUCCCGUAUGAGAGACAGUUGCAGAAGCAAAAUUUGAUGAAGGAACGAGAUGUGAAAUGGUUUGCAACCAACAGGGGCAGUGCGAAAAUCAAAAUUAGUGAGCUUGGUUUUUGAAGUAUAGUUGUUAUUCGAUUCUUUUUGUCUAGGUGCCGAGCUAAAACCUCGUCUGGAGUUGGUCACUUGUUCCUCCUUACAUGGUUGGAAGAAGUUUUAGAGUCCACUUAGAUAGCAAUACUACAUAUGUCUGUUUUUUUUUUUGGGGGGAAAAUACUACAUGCUUGUUUCAGCGCUGCUUUCUGUUGUAAAGUUAAAACUCUCUUUCAUAAAAUAAAUAAAUUAAUUAAGACAA